UUAAAUUUUCUAUCCAACUUUAAAGGUUAAAUUGAUUCAAAAAAUGUCUGUCGAUUGUCGGACGAUAAAUGUAGACCUGGUCAAAGUAUAUUUGUUCAAAAAAAUAAAACAACAGUACCAACUUUUUUACUGGUUGUCCACUACUGUAUUUCUCAUUUGUAGGGUUAUUGUUGGGAAGGUGUAUGCAGUCCGUCGUAUACCGAACAAUGUAAAAGUUUUUGGGGGCUGAACGCCUAUAAAGGUGACGAUGCUUGUUAUGCUAAUUUAAAUGUUCAAGCAAAUGAUUUUGGUAACUGCGGGACGGAUUAUGAAGGAAAUUAUGUAAAAUGUCUACCAGAGGAUGUUAAAUGUGGUUAUUUACAAUGCACAGGAGAAAAUCUUCCCACCUUUCCAAUUAUUGGUAGUAAUAGAAAAAUGUCGAAUUUUUAUUUUGGUGUAGAAGGUACUACUGUUUUCUGUAGAGGGGGGUCUACGUUUCUUGGUUACGACAUUAAAGAUCCUACAGUUGUGAAGAGUGGAACACGAUGUGCUGAUGGAAGAAUUUGUCACGAGAAAAAAUGCAAAAAAGUGUCAUCAUUGUCCACAAACAUCAUCCCAUGUCAAAAUGAAUGUUUGAAUGGUGGUGUGUGUAACAAUAACGGGAAUUGUCAUUGCAAACCAGGAUAUGCGUGUCCAAACUGUGCAUUACCUGGCAACGGUGGUAGUGCUGAUUCUGGUAUGGAAUGCAUACUUCCAACAACUACAACAACAACAACGACAACGACAACAACAACCACGACAACGACAACGAAGAUGACGACGACAACUGAUACUACAACGACCACCACUACGACCACUACAAAGAAAUCAACUGAAGAGGAUACAACACCAUCAUUAGAAGGCACAGCACCUACUUCAACAGGAGAAGGAAACAUAGGAGUCUUGGUUGGAGCCAUUGUUGCUGUCUGUAUCAUUAUAUGUAUCGUUGUUGCAUUGGUUAUAGUAAAGCGAAAACGUGUGAAAGAAAUGUUUCAAAAACGAUUACUUAAAAGGACGGACAGUGACGGUAAACAAAUAGUAACAGAUACUUACAACAACACUGAUGACAUAGAUGACACCACCCCAACGAUAAUGUAUGACCACCCAAUGUUUAAGAACAAUUUGAAGAAGCUUCCUCCACGAUUACCACCGCUCCUUGAUCAAAAUGGAAAUCGUCGUAGAUCUACUCCAGUUAUAGAUGGUAUACAAUUACUUCCUUACCAAUAUCAACACUCGAUUGAUAUGUCACGCCGUGGUUCAAUGCCGGUAGUAAAUACUUUGUUUCCACCAAUUCUUGACGAGUUUGGUAAUUCAACUGUGUUACGUCGCGGUUCUGUGCCUGCUCAGUAUUUCAACAUGGAUCCCACAACCGAAUUAAGGCGCGGUUCCAAGCCAGUAUUAGCGCCUAUCAAUACAAUACGUCGGGUUUCUAUGCCUGUGUUGGAUUCAUAUAAAGUAUCCACUAAGAGAAAAGAACAAACCUCCAUGCCAAUCAUCAUCGAUGAAGAGGAUGAAUGCGGAGAGACCCGCCCUACAUCGGAAACGUCGUAUAGACAAAAAAAUAAUUCUCGUCGAAAAGUUUCGAUGCGUAGAAAUAGUAUCAAAUCGCCUACUAAUCAUCCCGGAGAUAUGGAAUUACCUCCUCUUUCAUGCAAGAGAGGUUCUCUAGUCCUAGUACCAGUUGAGUUGAGUAACGAAGAAAGUAAGUCGUGGGCUAUUGAUUUAGCUCGACAUUUAGAAAGUGUUAUUGAAAAUGAUUCACAUGAUGAAAAAGAACAGGUUGGUUACAAAGCAAAACAUGAUAAAAACGUCAGGAAGAAAAUAAAGAGUACUGCAAGACUUAAAAAAGAGUCGUCACGUGUAGCGCCACACAUCUUGCAGGACGAUGUAAGAGAUGACAUUAAAGAUGCUGAUUUCAGUCUAUUUAAUAGUGGACAAAACAGGGACAGAGAUAGAAAACCUACUCUACCUUUUCCGAAAUUUUCAGUUACGGAAGAAUCAUCUCAGCAGGAAAUUAAACCACAGAAUACCUCACGACAGAAAAAUAACCUUUCCAGUGCAAAUAGGCCAGCCUUAUCACAAAAGAGUCCUAAAAAAAAUAGUUCGUCGAAAAAACCAAAACGUCAAGGAACUCAAAACUCUAAAAAAGUCCAUCCCAGAACGUCUUAUCGAAUGAAAAGUGAUAAACAAAGAACUACAAACAUAUGAACUUCUGAAAAGUACCUUUCAAAAACUUCUAUUUGUAAUAUUUUAUUGUAAGACUCUUUAUACCACAAAGUAAAGUAGCUUCUGCAUCUACAAAAUAAAGGUUUUGAUACAAAGUAAUAGAAAACAAUACGACAUUAUUUCAAAAUUUAGUUACAUUGUUGUCAUAGCAAUGGAACCAAUGUUGCAUUAUUUUUUCAGAUCUUUACUGUAUGUUCAAAUGUUAUGUUAAGUGUUUUAUAUAUUUCACGUGUUUUCUUAGAAGAAAUAUUUCAAAUAAAAUGAGUUAAAAAUGUCCACCUUAAUAGAGAAAAUACGUUAAAUGAACACAAUAUUCUUGUUGUAUUUUAUGCCUAAAUGUGGGGGCAGAUUUAUCCCUUUCCCCUCCCACCUCCAUUCUUCCAUAACUUUUGAUAGGCUUUCCUAAAUUAAAAUAAACUUGACACAAUUGUAGUAUGUCCUACAAUAAACAAAACGAUGAGAAUCAUUUAAGUCGUGCGCACCUU